ACCAGCGCGUGUGGACUGGACUGUGCUCCCUGCGGCCACCAGCGCGUGUGGACUGGACUGUGCUCCCUGCGGCCACAGGUGCGUGUGGACUGGACUGUGCUCCCUGCGGCCACAGGUGCGUGUGGACUGGACUGUGUUGCCUGCGGCCACCAGUGCGUGUGGACUGGACUGUGCUCCCUGCGGCCACCAGUGCGUGUGGACUGGACUGUGCUCCCUGCGGCCACCAGUGCGUGCGGACUGGACUGUGUUGCCUGCGGCCACCAGUGCGUGCGGACUGGACUGUGCUCCCUGGGGCUCCCUGGCAUUGUGCGUCCAGGUCAUCUGGGGGGACACUGCUAGGCUGCAACUACAGGCAAGGGGCAAGCAGUAAAAAUAGCCUCAAGCCCUAACUGCUGAGCUGUAAAUACACAUGUACAUAUACGUGCACGAAUGCGCGCGCGCGCACACACACACGAAGUCCGUCAAGUUAAAGGACACAUUUGACGCUUCUGCCAGAUGCGGGCUGCCACAAAUGUGGUGCCUAUUAAGGGAGAACUGGGGGUCUUUAGUUUGGCUUUCGCACCGAUGCAGAGGUUUUUGCAGGAAAAAAAACUGACUGGAUAUACAUUAUUAUUAUCUCGUGCAGAGCCUAAACCCAGUUUGAACACAUAUUACCACUUAAUGACUGAUCCGCUUGAGAGCAUGUUUGUCUAGUGUUAAUAAUUAUCUUAGAUAGAACUGUGUUGCUUAAGAAUUGCAGUCACGUGAGUGUCCUAAUGAAAUGGUGCUUCCAUAUAACUACAAUAAAAUUAGAUAUUUGGAAGCUUGAAUGUUGUUCCAUAAUGAAGAACAUAUAUGCACACUAUAAGAUCAAGUGUAAUUGCUUUUGGUAGAAGUGGGUUUGAAGUGUCCAUUAGUGAUGAAAGAUGAGAACAGACAUACCUUAUUGUAUUUCUCACUAACAAUUUUAAUUUAAUAAUUUAGGCAAGAGCAGUUGUAUUCCACUAACAGUGGCUAAAUUAUUAGAUUAGUAUAAACUACGCAAACCGAUUUACGAAUAUUAUGAUGUCCGCAUACAAAACCAAUGUGUAAGCCUACUGAUAAACUACCACCCCUAACCAGUUCGUGUUUUAAUAACAAAAACCAAGUCGAUGCAGUCCUAAUUUUUUGUGAGGACUUGCGUAAUCUACACAUGUGACAUGUGAUCCGACAGUGCCGCGCUGUGAUUUUCUAUUGGCCAGCUUCUUGCCAAUAGCUCAGUCCGUCCAUACGGGCCUCGUCUUCACCGCCGCUCGCUGUGAUUGGCGCCUGUGUGGGUGUGUUCGCGCCAUUUCGGCGUCGCCGCGCCUGUGUCGCUACCUGUUGUAGACGCCCAUUGGCUGUGCUGCUCGGGCAGAUGACGUCAGGCAAGCGCAUCCCUCCUAACUAUUGGUCGAGCGCAGAGGUUCGGGUUGCCGAGAUUGGUUGUCGCAUAGGUCAUAGCGAGUGAAUGCGGAAGUCGUGUUGUCUACUGAGUCACCGUUGUAUCAGCUGAUUCUUUCUGAGCGUCGCAGCAGAGCCUGGGACAGAGGAGGAGGCAGCGGAGUCAGGAGGAACAGGGAGGAGCUUGCACCGAGACCCAACCCACACGACGUCUGCCGCCAACAUGGGUGAGGAAGGACCACCUAGUCUGGAGUACAUCCAGGCCAAAGACCUGUUCCCCCAGAAAGAGCUGAUUAAGGAGGAGGAUGGUCUGCAGGUACCUUUCCCAGUCCUUCAGGGGGAGGGGGUCGAGUUUCUGGGCCGCGCCGAUGACGCCAUCAUCGCAAUCUCCAACUACAGACUUCACAUCAAGUUCAAAGACUCCAUCAUCAACGUACGAGCCCCACACGCACGCUUGGGUCACGAAGCAAUGAUGUACCCGGGUGUGGACACGGAGAUCUCUGUGCCUUUGAGGCUGAUUGAAAGCGUGGAGAGCAGAGAGAUGUUUCAAUUGCACAUCGUCUGCAAGGACUCCAAAGUCGUGAGGUGCCACUUCUCCACGUUUAAACAAUGUCAGGAGUGGCUGAAGAGGCUCAACUGGGCCACAGCACCCCCUACACGGCUGGAAGACCUGUUUGCCCUGGCAUACCACGCCUGGUGCCUAGGGGCCUGUGCCGACGACGAGGACCAGCAUCUGCACUUGUGCCGGCCAGGCGAUCACGUUCGUCACAGGAUGGAGAUGGAGGUGAAGAGGAUGGGCUUCGACAUGCAGGACGCCUGGAGAGCGUCUGACAUCAACAGCAACUACAAACUCUGCUCCAGUUAUCCCCAGAAGCUGCUGGUCCCAGUGUGGAUCACCGAUAAAGAGCUAGAAAGCGUGGCCUCUUUCAGGUCCUGGAAGAGAAUCCCUGUAGUGGUCUACAGGCAUGUAAGGAACGGUGCCGUGAUAGCACGCUGUAGUCAGCCUGAGAUCAGCUGGUGGGGUUGGCGUAACACCGAGGACGAGUACCUGGUCACCUCCAUCGCUAAAGCCUGCCUGCUGAACCCGGGGCCGCGGGGGGGCGGAGCCUGCCGGCACCGUGUCGACGCCCCCGACUCUAGCGACAGCGACUUCGACUCCUCCCUCACAGGGGGCGUCGGUCCAGAUACAGGCUCUGCUCCUCAGAAGCUUCUCAUCUUGGACGCACGCUCCUACACAGCCGCAGUGGCCAACCGCGCCAAGGGCGGUGGCUGUGAGUGCGAAGAGUACUACCCAAACUGUGAGGUGAUGUUCAUGGGUAUGGCCAACAUUCACUCCAUUCGGAACAGUUUCCAGUCUCUGAGAGCUGUAUGCAGUCAGAUCCCUGAUCCUAGCAACUGGCUAUCUGCUCUGGAGAGCACUCGUUGGCUGCAGCACCUGUCCGUCAUGCUGAAGGCAGCCACUCUGGUGUGUUCUGCGGUGGAGAGGGAAGGGCGUCCAGUGCUGGUGCACUGCUCCGACGGCUGGGACCGCACGCCUCAGAUCGUGGCUCUCGCCAAGGUUCUGCUGGACCCCUACUACAGAACCAUCGAGGGCUUCCAGGUGCUGGUGGAGACGGAGUGGCUGGAUUUCGGCCACAAGUUCGCCGACCGCUGCGGCCACGGCGAGAACGCGGAGGACGUGAGCGAGCAGUGUCCCGUCUUCCUGCAGUGGCUGGACUGCGUGCACCAGCUCCUCAAGCAGUUCCCCUGCCUGUUUGAGUUCACCGAGGCCUUCUUGGUGAAGCUGGCGCAGCACACUUACUCCUGCCUGUAUGGCACAUUCCUGUGCAACAAUGCUCGCGAGCGUGAGGUCCGGAACAUCUACAAACGCACCUGCUCCGUCUGGUCCCUUCUUCGUGCUGGCAACAAGAACUUUCAGAACUUUCUCUACAUCCCCUGCCAUGACAUGGUUCUGCAGCCAGUGUGUCACACGCGAGCACUGCAGUUGUGGACAGCUGUUUACCUGCCCACUUCGUCCCCAUGCACCGCAGCUGAGGAUGCCAUGGAAAUCUAUCUAAGCCCCUCCUCCCAGGGGGAGGAGCUCACGUCACGCUCGCUCGACAGGCUCCCUAAAACACGGUCCAUGGACAAUUUGGUGUCUGCUUUUGAAAAUGGCAUGGCCCUUACCCGCACCUCCAGUGACCCAAACCUCAACAAGCACUGCCAGGAGGAGCGGCCACCUCUGGAGCCAAUGACAGCCCAGGGAGGCGGGUUGACGGAGAGCCCCUCCGACCCCAGACUGGGCAGCGAGGACCAAGAGGCAGAGAAGCGUGAGGAGACGCCACCUUGUGCGUCUCUCGAGCCUAGUGAGGAUGGCUGCGUGGAUGCGAGGGUGGAGCCUUGUUUAACCACUCAACCUUUGCCAUCGUUGCCCCACCCAUUAUCGUUAGAGCAAGCUCCAUCCCUGCCCAAAGCCCUGCCUCAAAUGAUCAACCUUCCCCUCCCACCCAUACCACAGGAAGUGCAUCCUAGGACCGCUAAAGUCACUUCCUCGUUUGCUGCUGCCGUGGAGCCGCUCGGUUCUCCUGUCCGUGACCAGACGGCGAACCCAGAGGGCACGAGUGAGCCCCUCGUCUCGCCCUCGUCCACUGCUGUUGAGCUUCUAGCCAUCAAACAGCUUUCUUCUUUCACCCCGCUGGAGGACUCCACCGACACGCUAACGGAGCAGAGCCCCACCCCGCCCGAGCCAUCCCCGGUCCCCAAAGCCAGCACGGGCGAGACCCAGGCUCCCGCCCCAAACGACAAGAGGACUCCCGUCGUGAGGGGGGCGGAGCUCGUUCCGCUGAAGGAGCGGGCGAUCGCCAUGGCCAUGGUGCCCACGGGUGAGUGCACGCAAGUGGCAAGGCGACUGAUCUCGCAGAGCCAGCUCACGGACCUCUCCCUGCUGGGCUCGCACUGGGACAGCGUGCAGGGCCUGGUCCAGUCCGCCUGCGGAGGCACCCUCCAGCACGGCGCCUACCAGGGUCGCCGGCUAGCCGGCCGGCUCCUCCGCGCCCACGGCGCGAGCCCCGCCGGCGGGCACUGUUGCCACCACGAGCCGCCUCGCAACCCCGUCGGCCCCACGGCCUCCGGCUGGAUCUCGGCUGUCCGUAGUGCAGCGCUCUGCGCCUCCUCCUCGGCCUCGCCCCUCGGGCCCUCCUUCCGGCAGAUCCUGCCGGCGGCUUACGCCUCGCCUCCCGCGGGCAUCCCCCCGGGCCCGCCGGCGGCCACCAGCCCUGCCUACCUGGACGACGACGGCCUGCCGGUGGCGGUGGACGCCGUGCAGCAGCGCCUGCGCCAGAUCGAGGCCGGCUACAAGCAGGAAGUGGAGGUGUUGCGGCGGCAGGUGAAGCAGCUGCAGAUGAAGCUGGAGCGCAGGCAGUACUGCUCGCCGCCCUCCGAGCCCGACAUUGACUACGAGGAUGACAUCACGUGCCUACGGGAGUCAGACGACGGCGAGGAGGAAGACUCCCUGUCCGACCACAGUGAGGACCGCCUGAGCGAGGGCAGCUGGGAUCAUGUAGAGAGGAAGGAUACCGAGGUUACCAGAUGGGUGCCAGACCACAUGGCCUCCCACUGCUUCAACUGUGACAGCGAGUUCUGGAUUGCCAAGAGACGCCAUCACUGCAGGAACUGUGGAAACAUAUUCUGUAAAGACUGCUGCCACCUGAAGCUGCCCAUUCCUGACCAGCAGCUGUAUGACCCUGUGCUGGUGUGCAAUUCCUGCUAUGACCUGCUGCAGGAGAGCCGCACGCGUGAGCUCCGCUCCCAGCAGCUGAAGAAGCCCAUUGCCACAGCCUCCAGCUGAGAGCCGUCGUGCCGGCCGCCGGGAUUCCCGCCCUGUGGGCUGCCCAGGCCACCUGCGUGGGUGCCCUUAGACGUGCCUGAUGUUUUUGGCAGUGGUGCCCUCGCUCACACUGGUUGGCGAGGAGCACUCUUGGGGGGCCGUCGCGGGCUGCUGUGCUGGGAUGAAAGGGGUACACUGGACUGGGGAGAGGGACGAGUCAGAUAUAUGGACACGUAAACGGAGUCCAGAAGAGAAAGCAAGAGAAGGUGAUGAGUGCUGGGUUGUGUUGGUUUUUUUUGUUUGUUUGUUUUUUGUGGUUUGUUUGUUUGUUUAAUCCUAUGGAGGAGGUUAAUUAAUACCCAGUAUGGUUGAGGAAAGCUAUUGGGUGUAGCCUACCAGUAAACCUGCUGGCUAAUGCCACCAGUCCACCGGGGGGCAAUUAAAUUCCCCCCAGCGUGACACUGUGGGUCUGUUUCAUCUCAAAAAUGAGUCACCUCACUAUACUCAUACAACUCCAUACAAACAUGUGCAUCAUGGUCACAAAAAUUUAACCCUCUUUCAUGUACGUAUACACACACACACACACACACACACACACACACACCUACACUUUAGAGGACAAUCUGUCGCCUGCCUUCAAAGCCGGUGAUUCCCAAGCCUAGUAUACAUUCAGAUGGAGGCUUCUGGUUUAAAAGAAACAAAAUGUUGCUGCUACAGUAUUUAAAAGAAUUCUAAUUUUGUAUCAUUAUUUUAUGCACUAUAAACUGUUGUAAAUUUGAGGGAAAUUGAGACCAAACACAAGCAAAAGGGAGAGAACCUGCCGUUUUGUUUACUUGCUGUGGUCCGUACUGGUGCGCUGUGCCUGUGCUAAGCUUGAAUGUCGUGCGUGCGUGUGUGUGUGUGUGUGUGUGUGUGUGUGCGCGCGCGCGUGUGUGCGCGUGUGUGUCUGUCUCCGUCUGUCCGUCCGUGCAGUGCUGGAAGGUACUGAAAAGUUGUGUUGGCACAUGUUUGAUGCUGAUCUAAGGCCAGUUUAAUGCAUUCUCUCUGACUGGUUGAAUUAAGGGCCUUGAGAAAGGAACGCUUAUCUUGGGUCAGUGUAAAGGAGCCUGUACACACAAGAGGGAGAGACUGACUGACUUCGUCCUCCACGUGGGUCGCGUGCUUGUCCCUCGGUGCUCUGUGUCCUCCUGAACUAUGCGGAAGAGCGGCCGGAAUCCGGAACCACGCAGCGCUCCACACACUAAGUGAAACUGUAGCAAUGCUGUACUGUUCCUCCUGGGCAAGGAAAGAUUCAGACAGAACUUAAAGGUUGCAGGUUAAAACCAGAGCCAAUGCCUUGUAUGGACAUGUAUAAUGGAUUUUUAUUUUUUUAUUUUGUUUUGUUUCAUUUUAAUGAUGCAUGUCUCUCUCAAUCUGAACAUUGCGCAGUAGCAUUAUACACUCAACUUUAUUUUCCUUAUUUUCUGUCAGAAAUGGUCCCUUGAGAUUGUUGUAUGUAUUGUUUAAUGGUGUUCCUCAAAAACAGUGCCAUCUCCCCCUCGUCUUGGCUCACCUUUUCUCAUGAAAGACAUCAUGUUAAUGACAACAUGUUUAAUGGUACAAAUAGUCAGCUAGCUAAUUAAUAUUUUUUUAGGUUCCGCUGGGGCUUAGCUCUUUCAAAAGGUCUGGCAAAAUGAAGGAACAUUUUUUGAUUUAGAACAUUAAAAAAUUAAUCCAGAAGUGUAAUAUAUAGUUAUCUGUAAUGGUGGCUAAAAUUUGUCACUUAGUAAACAAUUGUUGUAAAGGAAUACACUGUUCAUGUCAAAUCCCAUGGGUUAAAUAAAGAUAUGUCUACGAGAUCUAUGUAAACUUUUUUCCCCUGGGUAUUUCCCUGAAAGUAUUAAAAAGCCACUUUUUUAAACGUGGCUUUUUAAUACUUUAUUUAAAUUAGGUAUUUUAUUUAAUACUUAAAUGAAUAAACCCCUGAAGUGAAACACAA